AUGGCCAUCAAUGCUUCUAUACAAACAGCUUUAGUAGAGGGUGUCUCUCUUCCUCAUGGGCAACAAGUUUCCCCAAUCGAUGCCACAAAUGAUUGGGGUAGCUCCUCUGCAAACCCAAAUGCCAGUGCAGCACAGCUUCACACAGGACAAACUGAAGCCCCAGCUGUCUCUUGCUCUUCUCAGGAAUCACGUCCUUCUAUAACAGUUCCUUCAGCUCCGCCAAUUUUGGAUGAGGCAGUGUACGGAGGUCCCAUUCACUAUCCAUCUAUAGAUUCCAGCCCUGUUUAUUUCACUGUGCCACCAAUUGAAAGGAGUGCUAUAAACAGUAUUGAAACGAAGGAAGAUGAUGAAAACAAUGCUUCAUCUUCCACAUGUGUGAUCUGCUUGGAUAAGCCGGUGGAAGGUGCUUGCAUUCCAUGUGGUCAUAUGGUUGGAUGCAUGUCAUGCUUGAAAAAGAUCAAAGAGAAGAAAGGGGACUGUCCAGUUUGUCAUGCCAAAAUUGAUCAAGUUAUGAGGCUUUAUGUUGUUUGA